UUCAGCUAUUUGCCGUGCAUAGCAUUCUGUUUUUUUUCUGUUCUUCUUUUUAUCCUUUGUCUCCAUCCCUGUUGUCUCCAUUUCACGUAUCAUUUUGGAAUGCCUGAAGACCGUAUAGACCUGCUCAAAAUAGCAAAGGUGGAGGAUGUACAACUCGAAAAGGGUCAGGAGGUUCUUACCGGCACUCUCCAUUUAACCAUUCAUAAUCUCAUAUUCCAUCACGACGAUCCGAGCCAAGAAGAACUUUGGAUUCCUUAUCCGAUUAUACACACCGUUGAACGACGACCGCCGUCACUGCAGACGGGACGCCAUCCACUAUAUAUUCGUUGCAGAGAUUUUUUGAUUGUCACCAUAUCCAUGCUGAAAGGCGGUGAAGCACAAGACGUCUAUGAUAGUAUCCAAAAGCUCACCUGUGUUACUUCUACGGAACAGCUUUAUGCGUAUGCUUACAAACCUCAACCGCCAUUCACAGCGCAGGGAGGUUGGCGGAUCUACGAUCCUACCAAAGAGUAUGAACGUAUGGGUGUACAGACGACAAAUCAUCAGUGGCGCUAUACAGUGAUCAAUCGAGAUUAUACGUAUUCGCCCACUUAUCCUCGUACUUUUGUCGUUCCUCAAAAAAUCAGUGACAAUGUCCUCAACUACGCGGGAAAAUAUCGAAGCAAAGCCAGAAUUCCUGCAUUAUCCUAUUUACAUUGGCAUAAUAUGGCGACCAUCACUCGCAGCAGUCAACCGUUGGUUGGAUUUAAGCAGGCUCGAUCCAUCCAGGACGAAAAGUUGAUUGAAGCCAUCUUUGAGUCGAAUUUACCCCCGUCACAGGAUGGCAAAGCCGUCUACGGAUCCACUGCCGCUAACCUGAUUGUGGAUGCGCGUCCCGUAGCGAAUGCUGUAGGUAACCUCGCUCGCGGCGCUGGCACCGAAAAUAUGGAAAACUAUCGUGGGUGCAAAAAGGUUUAUAUCGCCGUGGACAAUAUUCAUGUCAUGCGUGACAGUCUUGCAAAAAUGAGUGAAGCGAUGCAAGGAGCGGAGAAUAACGGGCAGGUCAAUCGUAUAGGGUUACAGCGAUCGAACUGGCUUAAGCAUCUCAACAUUCUUUUGGAGGGAACUUGCACAAUUGUGAGAAGCGUGCAUGUGUAUAAUUCUCACGUGUUGGUCCAUUGUUCCGACGGUUGGGAUCGUACGGCGCAGCUGGUAUCGAUCAGUGAACUGUGUUUGGACCCGUAUUAUCGAACGUUUGAAGGAUUCAUGGUACUGAUUGAGAAGGAGUGGAUCUCCUUUGGUCACAAAUUUGCCGAUCGAUGUGGGCAUCUGUCCAAUGAAAAAUAUUUCGUCAACCUAUCGCAUACUGGGGGAAAUGCCGCAACCAAUACGAUCAAAGACAUGCAGAACAAGUUUUACAAGUCCAAUUACUAUCAGCGGGAAACCAGUCCAGUCUUCCAUCAGUUCUUGGAUUGUGUCUAUCAGCUUGUUUACCAAUUCCCUACGCGAUUCGAAUUCAACGAACGAAUGUUGAUCGAACUUCACUAUCACGUGUAUUCGUGUCAGUUUGGUACGUUCCUGUUCAACUGCGAACGUGAACGCGUGACCCACCAACCGGAAAGCAAGACGUCCAGUAUCUGGGAUUAUUUCAACUCUUACAAAGAAAAUUUUGUCAAUCCUUUGUUUGAUCCAAAGAAAAACGAAGAUAUUGUGGACGGCGGAGGCGUUUUAUUCCCGGAUGCACGCAAGAUACGAUACUGGGCCCAGUUAUUCAAUCGAAAUGAUGAUGAAGUGAAUGAAAUGCCCGUCUACGCUACGGUCGGCAAUGGACCCUUAUAAGUCAGUCAAAGAACAACAAGGCAUCGUUGGCAUUAUCAAAAUAUCAUGUAUUUUUUAUAUCUUUUUUUAUUGAAUCGCUGAACUUUUUUUUUUCCUUUUCUUAUCUCUCACACUCUCUUUCUUCUCUCUCGUCACGUCCGCCCCAUUGCACAUCCCUCGAUCGAAAAUAUCAAGUCACUGACGGAUUAUCUUAAAAAAAGAGAUUACAU